AUGUUGCCAUCAUGGCUGCUUUCUAUCCAACCCCUCUUGGACCGCUCACAUGUCCACCGCAUCACAGACGCCGACAUAAGCGUCUCUCUGACCCUCCCGCGCCUCGACUUUUCAUCGCGCCCUCACCACGAGUACUAUGCUUCGGAUGCUGCUAAGAGCCUAUGCGCCGCGCAUGGAUACUCCGUGUUUCGUCCCCGCGCUGAUGCCCCUGGCGGCCGCCGCAAGAUCUACGACCUCUUCAUGGUCAACACGGAGCUUGACUUUCUUGAGAUUCGACUCAAGACACUCUACGACCAUGUCGACUACUUUGUCAUUGUUGAAGCGCCGUUGACGUUUCAGGGCGGUCCCAAGAACCUCACUAUUCGGAAUAACUGGGAGCGCUUCAAGCCGUACCACGACAAGAUGAUCUACCACGAACUGGAGUACCCGAAAGACUUUAAGCCGAUUCGUCAUUGGGAUCGCGAAGACCUUCAGCGCAACGCCAUGUUUGAGCAGGUCUUUCCCAAGCUCUCAGGUCCUCAAACUCCUGUCGACGGUGAUGUGCUCCUCGUAGCCGAUGUCGAUGAGAUCCCUCGGCCCGCAACGCUCCUCGUCCUUCGCACGUGCAACUUCCCCCGGCGCCUCACGCUGGCUUCCAAGUUUUACUACUACUCGUUCCAGUUCCUCCAUGAAGGUCCCGAGUGGCCCUUUCCCCAGGCGACAUACUACGGCGGGAUGCACGGCACCAUCCUCCCAGGCAACCUACGCACCGGUGACGCAGGUGUCCCUUUUCUACGAGAUCUGGAAAAGGGCGUACUAGCCAACGCGGGCUGGCACUGCAGCUCCUGCUUCGCAACCGUGGACCAGUUCCUCAACAAGAUGGCAAGCUUCUCACACGAGUGGAUGAACCACGAGUCGUUCCGCAACCGGGACCGUAUCGCCGCCGCCGUGCGUCAAGGUGUCGAUCUCUGGGGGCGCAAGGUGGACAAGUUUCGACGCAUUGAGAACAAUGUCGAUCUCCCGAGGUGUCUCCUCGAAGAUAAGGAGAGGUUUCGGUAUAUGCUGAAUAGGGAUGGUAAGACGGCGGGGUUUACUGACUAUCCAUGA